ACAGUCUUGUCAUUUAUUCAGAAUGAAACCGAAAAAAGCCAAGGCGAAAAAGUCCGAAUUGGACGAAUCUCAGCACCACGCCAUCAAAGAAAAACCCUACAUAACAAAGGAAAUUGAAACAUCAAUAACCCUCCUCGAAAGUCCAGAAAGCAGCCUCGUGUUGGAGGCGCUCCUAUUCCUAUCAAAAUAUGCGGACAUUCAACGGAACAACUUAAUAUUCAUUCACUCGCGUGGCCUCAUGCCAAAACUGCUGGCAUUGCUCGACCAUAACAUUUGCAUCGUGAGACUCUCCUUAAGAUUAUUGGCCCAAUUACUGGCUAUAGAAGCCGCCCAACUCGAAUUAAACCAACAGAAAUUCGACGAGCAAGUCCUUAAAAUCACCAGAUUUUACACAGGACACAAGGACUCCAAUGUGAAAGAAUUCGCAAUUCUCAUUUUGGCGGCUUUUGCACAAUUGGGGCGCGCCCAUAUUUUACUAGCCGAACCUGGCUUAAUUUCUGCCAUCCUGAAAACGGUAAAGACGCCUGAAAGUGACACUAUUCUGAAUAGUUCGCUUGAAUUAUUCAGCAAGUUUAUCGAAAUGGAGCAAGUGAGGAGGGAUUUACCCGAAGAAAAGGACUUCAACUUGGACUUGUUCAUUCAACACAUGAACACGUCAGAAGCCUGUUUCAGGACUAUUUUAGCGAUUUUUGAAAAAAUUACUUAUUUCGGCGACGAUCAUCUCUUAAACCGGCUCAAAGAAUGCCAAAUUGUCGAGCACAUGUUUAAUAUCAUCAUGGAUCCGAGUCACACUGAACACAUCCAAACUUGUCUCAACAUUGUCUGGCAUUGCAUGGGUAAUGAAAUCACCAAAACUUAUUUCAUUACAACUCUCGAGUUUUUAAAAUUCUGUCAAUGGGUCAAAAAUUGCCCCCCUGAAGUCACCCUCAUCUGUGCUAAAAUUUUUCUCGAACUGGCAAAAAUCGACUCGAUUAAACAACUCCUCUUCGAUUUGUCCAUCGAGGACACAAUUUUAUCAUUUUUAAACAGCGACGAUAAGCAAGUUUUGAACACAACGUGUGAUUCGGUGCGUUUCAUGUCAAAACACAAGUAUUGUUGUGAGAAAAUGGUAACUCCCAUCGUUGUGAAAAAACUGCUUUCGAUCCUAGGCCGCCAAAACGAUGUUUACGACCUCGAUAAUGAGACUGCGUUAUCGACUUUGUAUUAUUUGUGUCGGCGGGACUCUAGAACAAUUCACAUGAUUCGGGCCUACGACGGAAUUGCGAUUUUGAUGAGGUAUUUGCGCAAAAAGUUGCCCGAAAAUUCGUACCGUAUGGUCUUAGAAAUGGUCAAUAUGUUCGUUACUAACAACCAAUUGCAAAAAGUGAUUCUUUCCCCCGAUUUAUACGAGAUAAUUCUCACUCAAACUUUGAGUAAAUUUGAUGAAAUAUGCAUGAGGAGUUUGGAAAUUAUGAUAAACUGUUUGAGCGUUGAAGAAUUUCGAAAUUACUUUUUAUUAAAUCACGGUUCGCAAGUUAUUGUUGAUAAACUAGCGAUAAGUGCGAACGAAGAAACGAUUCGUCUACUUGUGAUUUUUAUUCACAACUCAUUGAUGUUCGAGAAAUUAGCAAACGAUUUUGUUUUGAAGAAAGUCUUACUUGUUCUCAAGAAAAUCCCGGAAAGUGUGAAAUACCGGAAUCCUCUUAUUCAACGCGUUAUAAAUUUGGUGUACAGUAUGUGUUUACCGGUGAAAUUCUUCGAGACCGGAAGAUUGGAACUAACUGAUAAAUUGCAUGAACGAUUCUACGUCAUCACUGGUCCUUGGAGUGGGCCUUUCCCGUUUUUGGAAGUUUUGGAAAUCCGGCGAAUGUCCACCAUGAGCACAAUUUAUGUCAUCGAUGACUGUGGACGCCAGAAAAACGACACGAAAGAGACACACGAUUGUUUAAGUAUCCAAAGACAGAGCCUCAAAGAAUCAAGUCUCUGCUCAUCGUCAGUUGCAUCAAUUUCUUCGGAUCAAAUGAAGUGCGUGAUAAAUUUCGGCCAGCUUUCGCACGACCCCUUUUUGCCUAAAUACUUCUCUCGUGUCGAGAAACUAACAAGUGCCGUGUCACGUUUACAUGAAAAAAUUCAAGUUUUGGCGAAAUUCGUCGCUGAUUGUCUUUGUGGUCCGGCGGAGAAUUGUUCAAUUUCGGAUAAGUUGCACACCUUCAAGCUUCAUAUCGAAUGCAUUAAAGAAAAGCUCGGUACGAGCAUGAUCCCGAUCGGGUAUUUGCGUUUGGGUUUUCACUGUGAAAGGGCUUUGCUUUUUAAAGCGUUGGCUGAUCAUGUUUACAUACCGGCGACUUUGGUUAAAGGCAAGAAUAAAUUGUAUUGGAACGAAGUAGCGCUGAUUCAGAGUAAAAAGAAGACGACGGUUUUGAGAACGUAUGUGGUGGAUUUGAUGGACAAUGUGGGACAGUUGUUGCCGGUGGGGUCAAAAGAGUGUAAUAUCUAUUGUGAUAUUCUAUAA